CCCAAAAAGAAAUCUGCAUCCCAUUUUUCUUCUGAUCUUUUCAUAAAAGUUCUUUUUAAUGCAACCCAUGUGUUUCUAAUUACACUCUUUCUAUAUUUAGUUGUUUCCCAUUUCAGUUUUCAGGUGUUUCUGUUGGCAAUUUCUUUGGUUUUGAAGCUUGAAGAUUAAUCUUGUUACAAAUGGAUAACCACACAAAUGGGAAGAAGGUAGUUGAACUAAGUGUGGAGAAAGGAGAACCAACUUUGGUGCAACCAGCUGCAGAAACAAAGAAAGGUUUAUAUUACUUGUCGAAUCUUGACCAGAAUAUUGCAGUUAUAAUUCAAACUAUCUACUGCUUCAAGUCGGAUGAGAAGGGAAAUGAACUAGCCGCGGAAGUGAUCAAGGACGCAUUAGCAAAGGUUCUCGUUCAUUAUUACCCGCUCGCUGGUCGGCUUACGAUUAGUACCGAUGGUAAACUUAUCGUUGAUUGCACCGGUGAAGGUGGUGUUUUCGUUGAGGCAGAAGCUAACUGCAGAAUGGAAGAGAUUGGGAACAUAACAAAACCUGAUCCUGCUACUCUUGAAAAGCUGGUUCAUAACAUUCCCAGUGCUAAAAACAUUCUUGAAAUUCCUCCUCUCGUAGCUCAGGUGACUAAGUUUAAGUGUGGAGGAUUCGUUCUUGGCCUAUGCAUGAACCAUUGUAUGUUCGAUGGACUUGCUGCAAUGGAAUUCGUGAACUCAUGGGGUGAAAUGGCAAGAGGUUUACCGCUAAGCAUCCCACCGUACCUAGACAGGCACAUACUUGAUCCCAGAGACCCACCUAAUGUAGAGUUCCCUCACCGUGAAUUUGAAGAGAUCGACGAUGUAUCAAACAUUAUGGACAUGUACGACGAAGAAAUGCAGUACAGAUCGUUCUGUAUCGGUCCCGAAAAGCUUGAUUUGCUCAAGAUGAAAGCCAUGGAAGACGGGGUUCUUGAAAAGUGCACAACGUUUGAAGCGCUUUCCGGUUUCGUAUGGAGAGCUAGAUGCAAGGCUCUAAAUUUGCAGCCAGAGCAACAGACAAAGCUGUUGUUCGCUGUUGAUGGUCGAGCUAGAUUCAACCCGCCACUGCCAAGAGGAUAUUUCGGUAACGGGAUCGUGCUAACUAAUUCGCUGUGCAGCUCGGGGGAAAUACUGAAGAAUCCUUUAUCAUUUUCAGCUGGGUUAGUUCAAAAGGCAGUUAAGAUGGUUUCAGACAGUUACAUGAGAUCUGCCAUAGAUUAUUUUGAAACAACUAGAGCUAGGCCAUCUUUAGCUGCAACAUUGCUUAUAACUACUUGGUCUAGAUUACCUUUCCAUAUUACCGAUUUCGGAUGGGGAGAACCUGUUCUGUCUGGACCGGUUACGCUACCUCAGAAAGAAGUCAUAUUGUUCCUAUCCCAUGGAACAGAAAGAAAAAGCAUAAACAUCCUUCUGGGUUUGCCUACUUCUGCCAUGAAAACAUUCGAACAACUAAUGGAAAUAUAAUUACAGAUUAAUUAUAUUUUCCGACCCUCGGUUCCGUGGCAUCUUUUGUUGAAGCAGUUGACGAAUUUCGGCAAAAUUGAUACUGACAAAGAGGUAAAUAUUAAGCAUGGUGGGGUGGUGAAUUCGUCAUUGUUGUAAUUCAAGAAAUGAAACUUCGAAUCGAGGGGGAGAAAAUUUGUGUUUGUUAUUUCCUUCUUUUUUUUUCUUUUUCAUUUUGGAGGUUAUUGUUUGGACCUAUAAAAUUUAUAUGUUUACUAUGUUUCAGAAUUUGGUUUCGUGUUGUUUAUCCAUUGAAAUGACAAUUGUAUUAGCAGUUGUAUUUAUUAAUUCAUUCAUAAAGGUGAUGUUUUGUUUCACUUA